GGGAGCCCCAGCUGGCACCAUGAGCGCCACCACUGGCCCAGAAGCUGCCCCCAAGCCAAGUGCCAAGUCAAUCUACGAGCAGAGAAAACGCUACUCCACCGUGGUCAUGGCCGACGUGUCCCAGUACCCAGUCAACCACCUGGUGACCUUCUGCCUGGGCGAGGAGGACGGCGUGCACACGUUGGAGGACGCCUCGCGCAAGCUGGCCGUCAUGGACCGCCAGGGCCGCGUCUGGGCGCAGGAGAUGCUGCUGCGCGUGUCCCCCGGCCACGUCACGCUGCUCGACCCGGUCUCCAAGGCAGGGGCGGCCACGGGGAAGAGCAAGCCCAGCAGCCGGCCAGAGGAGAAGGGGUCUGGUGAGGGCGUGGGCAGCCGGCCCAGCAGGGACAGCGCCUGGGAGCUGCUGGCCCCACACAGGGGGUGCCGCGGCCCUGAAGACCCCCCCUCUCCCUUGCGCAGCCACCAAGACCCGGAGGCGGAGGCCGAGCCCCACGCGCUGGUGCCGCGCAAGUGGGUGCUGUGUGACUAUGACUUCCAGGCCCGCAACAGCAGCGAGCUGUCGGUCAAGCACAGGGACGUGCUGGAGGUCCUGGACGACAAACGCAAGUGGUGGAAGGUCCGCGACCAGCAGGGCCGGGAGGGCUACGUGCCCUAUAACAUCCUGAGCCCCCACCCAGGGCCCCAGGCGGGCCCCGGCCAAGGCUCCUCGGCCAGCAACCUGGACAGCACGCCCCCGCCCCCGCCCGCGCCCGCGCCCGCGCGGCCCCACUGGGACAGCUGCGACAGCCUCAACAGCUUGGACCCCGGCGAGAAGGGUGAGACCGUGCACGCGCUGGGCGUGCUGACGGCCGCGCAGCUCUUCUCGCUGCAGAGGGAGGAGUUCCGGGCCGUGAGCCCCGAGGAGGGGGCGCGCGUCUACAGCCAAGUGACGGUGCAGCGCGCGCUGCUGGAGGACUCGGAGAAGGUGUCAGAGCUGCAGGCCGUGAUGGAGAAGCAGAAGAAGAAGGUGGAAGGCGACGUGGAAACGGAGGUCAUCUGACCGCCCCUCCGGAGGCUGCAGACCCGCCCCCCAGCGGCCCCCCAGCGGCCCCCAGGGCCGGGCCCUCCAAUGCCCCAUGCUCUGCCCUGCGCCCGGCUUCCCAAGCAAGCGCUCUCGGACUGGGACUGGCCGGGCGCGGGAGGCCGUGUGGGCCAGACAAUUGCGGGGGGCCUGGGGGGCGGCCAGGGGGGCCGCACCCCAAGCCGCGCGCGCACCGGGCAUGCCCAGUCG